GUAAACGCUGUUUAAGAUCGGUUGCCAUAUAUUUGAUUUUCUGGGGAGAUUUCUGGGGGAAAGUCGUGGAUGGGGCUGGUUGCUUUAAUUCCUUUCUAGGAAAAAAACCCCACAAAACCAACACAAAAAAAGAAAACAAAAAAAUCCCCACAAAAACCAAACCAAAAAAACCUCACCGCCCCCCAAACCCCACUGUUUGAAGUUCUGGUAAUGUGUUUUCUUCAAGUGUAUCUAUUUUACUAUGUCUUAUUUUUCAAAGCUAAGGGAAAAAAAAAAAAAAGGUGGUAUCUUAUAGAAAGAAAUUCACAGAACCCUCCAGUCACAAAAAGGUAGAAAGAUGGGCCAGAUGAGUUACCUAAGGUUAUUUCUGCACCCAAAGAUGGAAUUGAAGAUGUAGCAGAAGAAGCUUUAAAUUAGUCAGCUUUCGUGAAAUUUCCUGUUAAGAAGUGGCAGCAUACUGCUUCCUAUGGUCAAAAGGGAAUCAACAUAAUCUGUCAGGGAAUGCUGGUUUCCAGUGAGGUCUGUGCUGCUAUAGAGACUCUUAUAUGCUCUUACCCAUACCUGAGCUACCCAGUUAAAACAUUUGUGUCUACAUCAAGUACACCCACGCUUUUGGCUUUCGUUUAGGCACAGAACUGUCUCUCAAGUUAACUCAUCCUGGUUGGAGCAAGGCAUUUGUUAGUUUUCAUCUAAAUCAACUGGUUGGAUUUAGAACUGUGUGGGUGCCUAAUUUUAACACAGUAUGUUAACUACUGCAAAAAUGUCCUCAUGGGAUUCUAGUUGGAGGCAGUCUGGUUUUUUUCCAGUUCCUAGUGUAUAUAAAAGUGAAGACCAAGCCGGACAAAAAGAGGACAGGAUAAAUGGUGAGCUCUUAGUUUGAUUUCCGCCCUAUUGCCUUUGCCAGUGCAUCAGAAAGGCUCAUCCCCUGGUGUCUGACAGAAGGCACACUGCUGGGUGAGUACCUCUUCAUGAUCUGUCUCCUCCCUUUCUGAAGCAACUGGGGGAUUAAGAGGUUGUGAAUUGCAGUCAUUCUGUUAAAUUGGAUGUAUGGUAGAAAUGCUUAUGCCUUUAUUGUUAACACAUGCUAUAGUCAUGCUAUAUCAUUUACCAUGUAGGAGUGAAAACUAUAGAAGUAUACAGUUUCAGGCAAUUUAUUCUUUUUUCAGGUUCUGACAGAGAGUUCGCUAACCUCAUGUAGCCAAAUGUAUAUGUUUAGCUAAUGCUGACCAGGUUUAUAUUUAGCUGCUCUGAUAAAUCCUGCAUUUUCCUAUAAGUCUUGCCUAGUAUACACAGGGGCAAUCCUGGGAAAGCAACAUAGACUGCACCUGCAAAACUGUGGUGGUCUGCUAAUAGCCGGAUCUAAAACAAGCGUUUCUGUAGUUGUGGUGAUGAAAGAUUGCACCUCCUCAUGCACCUAACAUAAAUAUUGCAGCAGAGGUCUGCAAUGGAGGUCACGCCUAUUUUAUCCACUGUAAGCUUCUUUAGUGACUGUUCCAUGGCACUGUUGUGUCAAGGUUUAACCCAGCUGGCAGCUAAGCACCAUGCAGCUGCUUGCUCACCUCCCUCCCCUCCAAACCCAGUGGAAUGGGGAGGAGAAUCAAAAGUAAGACUUGUAGGUUAAGAACAGUCUAAUAUUUGAAACUAAAUUAUAAUAAUAAUAAUGAUAAUAAAAAGACAAGUGACACACAAUACAAUUACUCACCACCUGCUGACCAAUGCCAGAACCUACCCACAAACCCCAAUUGGCCCCUUCUGGGUAGCUCCCUCAAUUUAUAUACUGGGCAUGAUGUUCUAUGGUGUGGAAUAUCCCUUUGGCCAGUUCAGAUCACCUGUCCUGCCUAUGCUCCUUCACAGCUUUUUGUGCACCUCCUCACUGGCAGAACAUGAAACACACAGAAGUCCUUGGUUUAGAAUAAACAUGACUUAGCAACAAUGAAGACGUGAGUGUGUUAUCCACAUUAUUCUGAUACUGAAUCCUAAAGACAGCACUGCGCCAGCUACUGAGAAGAAAUUAACUCUAUUCCAGCCAAAACAGGACACACUGAUGUUUAUUCAGAGCAGGUUGGGUUCUUAUAAUCUGACCUCUCUCUAUUUCAAUUUAUACUAGCCAAAAUUACAAUCAUUCACUAUUUUGGAUAUCCUUUCCAUGCUUUAAAGAUAUUUUUAAUAGGACACCAUCAGCAAAAGUUAAAAGGACUUGCAGUAAAAUUGGCUUCUCAGUCUAGUCCAGCAACUAAGAUUUAUUCCCAUGAAAUUUGAAUUGCUCAUAGACAGUUGGUGCUUUCUGCCUUCUUCAUCUGCCCUAGUGGAAAAACAGGUGUUAUCUAAAAGACCAAAUGAGCCUAAAUAUAAUUUAGAGUAAGUGUGGAAAUUAUUCAAAUAUUCCCAUGAAGAAGCCUUACAAAGUAGCAGUGUGGAGAUCCCUCUUCAGGAUAUGUGACAUAAAUGUACAGAGAAAUUGAUCUUCAAAGUAGGCAGGUUACAAAUAAUUUAAAAUAAAACUAGUAUUUUAUACUUGUCUUGAAAGCUAAGAGACAGCAAGUGUAGAACUCUUAAGUACAGUCUUGAUAGGCUUCUAACGGAAGCAUGUUUUUGCUACCUAGAUAAAAUUCUGGACUAAAUUCAAAUUGUAAUUGUAUAUAAUAAGGCUUUGUAGCAAACUGGCCUUAGGCUCAAAAAAAGCAUAGCUUAUGAUUGUUAUUUCCACUCCAAAAUAAAUAGCAGCAAUUUCAUGAUGUGGCAUAUAUAAAAAAACCUGUCUAUUGACUGCUCUCAGUAGAAGAAUACUGAAUUAAUAAAAUUUUAAGAUAUUAAAGGUAAUGAGGCCAAGGAGACAUUUCCUGUUGACUUCAGUCAGUCCUGUCAAGUCUGUAUGUUUCCAAUUUUCCCAUUCAUUGUUUCUUUUCUUGUUAUGUAAAGGAUGUCUUCCAGCUGCACACCUUAACAGAAAAUAGUGACAUAAUUAUCCUGUUACUUUGACUGAAGGAAAACCCUGUCCUCAGCUGAAAACAUACCAGUACAGUGUGUGCCUUUUAAUGCCUCAGAACUUAAAGCAAGCUCCCAUCCUGUUGUAGACUGUGAUCAAGCAAGAAAGGAAGUUAGUGUCCGCACUGGAGGAGUGACAGAUAAGACAUCAAAGAAGACUUACACGUUUGAUAUGGUUUUUGGACCUCAGGCUAAGCAGAUUGAUGUAUACCGGAGUGUUGUGUGUCCCAUUUUGGAUGAAGUUAUUAUGGGCUACAACUGUACAGUGUUUGCUUAUGGCCAAACUGGUACGGGUAAGACCUUCACAAUGGAAGGGGAGCGGUCACCCAAUGAGGAAUAUACUUGGGAAGAGGAUCCACUAGCAGGUAUAAUACCCCGUACAUUGCAUCAAAUAUUUGAAAAACUCACAGAGAAUGGUACUGAAUUUUCAGUGAAAGUCUCUCUUUUGGAGAUCUAUAAUGAGGAGCUUUUUGAUCUUCUGAAUCCUACUCCUGAUGCUGGAGAAAGACUGCAGAUGUUUGAUGACCCUCGAAACAGGCGGGGUGUAAUUAUUAAAGGCUUGGAAGAAGUAACUGUACACAACAAAAAUCAGGUCUACCAAAUCCUGGAAAGGGGUGCAGCAAAGAGAACAACUGCAGCUACUUACAUGAACCAAUAUUCCAGCCGUUCCCACUCAGUGUUUUCAAUUACCAUCCAUAUGAAAGAAACAACAAUAGAUGGAGAAGAACUUGUUAAAAUUGGAAAGCUAAACUUGGUUGAUCUCGCAGGAAGUGAAAACAUCGGUCGUUCAGGGGCAGUUGACAAAAGAGCUCGUGAAGCUGGAAAUAUCAACCAGUCUCUCCUGACACUAGGAAGAGUUAUUACUGCUCUGGUAGAAAGAACCCCACAUAUUCCAUACAGGGAAUCUAAACUCACAAGAAUCCUUCAAGAUUCUCUUGGAGGACGGACAAAAACAUCAAUAAUUGCCACAGUUUCUCCUGCAUCUAUAAAUCUUGAGGAAACAUUGAGUACACUGGAAUAUGCCCAUAGAGCAAAGAACAUAAUGAACAAGCCUGAAGUCAAUCAGAAGCUAACAAGAAAAGCUCUUAUUAAGGAAUACACUGAAGAGAUUGAGCGUCUGAAGAGAGACCUUGUUGCUGCACGAGAGAAAAGUGGAGUCUAUAUUUCUCUUGAAAAUUAUGAAGCCCUUAAUGGAAAGCUGACUGUUCAGGAAGAACAAAUUGCAGAAUAUAUUGACAAAAUUGGUGUUAUGGAGGAAGAAGUGAAAAAAAUCACUGAACUAUUCACAGUUAGUAAAAAUGAACUUCAACAGUGUAAAACAGAUUUGCAAAUCAAGGAGAAAGAGCUAGAAGAAACACAGAAAGAUCUGCAAGAAACCAAAGUUCAUCUGGCUGAAGAAGAAUAUGUGGUUUCAGUUUUGGAAAACAAUGAACAAAAACUUCAUGGCACAGCUAGCAAGUUACUUAGUACAGUUGAAGAAACUACAAAAGAUGUAUCUGAGCUUCAUGCGAAACUGGACCGUAAGAAAGCUGUUGAACAGCACAAUGCUGUUGUCCAAAAUACAUUUGCAGUACAAAUGAAUGCUUUGUUCAACAAAAUACAGGAUUCACUUAGUGAAAACAGUGUGAAGCAGCAACAGAUGUUGACAUCUUACACAAAUUUUGUAGGUGACCUCUUGUCUACCAGUUCUUCAACAGCUGAUAUUCUUGCAUCAGUUAUGUCAGCAGCUUGUGCCUCUGUUAAAGAAUUGGUGUCUACGGAAAUUUCUCACGUGUCUGAAAAAAUAACACAGCGUGAGAAUCUAUCACUGGAUUGUAAAGCUGAGCUGCUGAGAUUAAUUGAGGAACAUGAAACUGGUUUAGGAAGAGCGUUAAAUAGCUUGACACCGGUGGUAGAAUUUGUCUUGGGCUUGAACUGUCAGUUUCAGAGUAACAUGAAGAAAUACUCUGCUGUGGCUGAGCAGAUGGAGGCCCAUAAAUGGGAAAUGGAUACCUUCUUUGGAGAUCUUUCUCUCACUCUGAAAAAAAUACGUGAAGAAGUGGACAGUGGUUUUGCUGAGCUUCAGCAUAAUUGUGAUGAUUUAAAAGAAGAAGUGGAAAUGACGAGAUUGGCACAUGCAAAGAGAACAGCUGAAUUCAUGUCCUCACUGCAAAGCCAGCUUGACGUGUUUGCUCAGGAGACUCAGAAGAACUUAACUAAUGUACUCACGAGAAAUGGAAGCUUGAAGACCACCAUCACUGCUAUGCAAGAAAAUGUUCACUUGAAAACUACAGACCUUGUUAGCAGUGCAAAUUCCAAUCACAGCAAAUGUACUACAUCUCUGGAUAAUUUCUCUCAAGAGCUCAGGGGCAUAAAUGCUGAAAGUAAGGUGAUACUGGAAGAAUCCAGUGACCACUGUCAACAUCUUCUCAGCAAUCUCAAGGAUGUGUCUCAGGACACCAAAACCUGGUGUGAAUUUACAACUGCUCAGGUGGUCAACUUUACUGAUCAGCACCUAUCAUCCUUCAGUGAUGAGAAACAGCAGUUUCACUGUUUACAAAAGAAAAGUGAAGAACACUGUGAUAAAACAACAGCUGAAAUUGCUGACUGUAGUAGUAGACAAGUGGCUGCUGAGGGGAAGGUACUCAGUGGCUUUCUUGAUCAGAUAAAGGUGGAUAAAGAGAUACUUCUGGAGCAGAAGCUGGCACUUAGCAACGAAGUACAGCAUGGACUAACUCAGGUUAAUGGUUUCCUGCAAGAGGAUCUGAAAGUGGAUAUUCCAACAGGGACAACUCCACAGAGAAGAGACUACUUCUAUCCAGUCACACUCAUGAGAACAGAGCCACGGGAACUUCUACUGGAGCAAUUAAGGCAAAAGCAAUCUAAGCUUGAUGCUAUGCUAAGCAGCAUGACAGAGGAGAUGGAGGAUAGUGCAGGCCAGGACCUGUUGGAAGAGGAGGGAGGGUUGCAAGAAUCCAAUGAAAGCCUUGCUAAUGACAAAUGCUUAGUGGAUACAAACGUAUACUGCCACACAAAUGGUGGCGUUCCUUUUUUCCAGCAGAGAAGUCGUCGCAAAAAGGGUAAAGAGAACAAAUCUGCAGCUACAGUGGAGAACAAAAUGGAGGACAUGACAGAAGAGUUUCUUCAUGAAUCCAAGCAUCCCUUAAGAUUGCUGAACUAAGAUAUAUCUAUUGCAAAUUCCUGUUUUUAAAAAUUUCUAUCUCAUUGUCUUACUGAGCCAUAAUGUUUUUGGUUAUUCUUGGUCUCUAUUGUGAUGCAAAGUUGAAUCAAAAGAGUGGCCUGCUAGAUGUCAUGCCUUUGUCCCAUUUUUAUAUGCUAUGCUCAUAGCUUGCAAUGUAUUAAGGAAAAAACCCCUGCACAUUGUGGUGCUGUUAUGUUAAAUAUAUUUCUGUGUGUUUAAGUAAGAUAUCAUUUUCUGUUUCUCAGUAGAUUUAAAACACCCGAAAGGGAUGUUGAAAUAUGCUUUAUCAGCAUUAUCAGCUACCAUUUUAUAUAUGAAUCAACUGUAAAAAAGUGUUCUCGUUUUGUACCCGGUUUUUAAUCCGGUCGCUCUCUUUGAUACUUCAAAUAAAUUUUGAUAUAUGGAAAAUAAACAUAUAAACACUGCAGUGAAACA